AUGUCUUCCGCGCGGUCCCGCGUCGCGCUCGAGAGCCUCCCCAACGAGCUGCUGCUGCAGGUGCUGAUCGACGCCCCCGACGCCGUGCUCAGCCUGCGCCAGGUCAACCGCCGCUUCGCCGACCUGGUCGUCUCGCACGAGAAGCUGAUUGCCGACCGCAUCUUCCAGCGCACCCGCUGCGGCCGCGCUGCCGCCGACCGCUGGAGCCUGUCGCCCGACUCGUACCGCCGCGCCCGCAACUGGCGCCACAACGCCAUCUUCUACCGCAAGUUCUGGCGCGUCUUCGGCAACAAGAAGAUCUACAGCGACUGCUACUUCUGCACAAACUCGGGCUUCCCCUUCCUCGACACCGACCGCUUCGACUCGCUGAUGAAGUCGCCCCUGGCCCUGGCCUACAUCUUUCACGCCCUGAGUGCCUGCACCGAGGACGACCCCAAGUGGUACCUCGCCUCCGUCCGCGAGUCCCACAAAUGA